AUGUCUGCGCCUGCAGAUGUUCCCAUCAAGUUAGAGCACCGGCCAGUCUUUGGUUUUCUGCCUUACCAACUUCCUGAAGACAACACAUCGGCUCACCAAUCCUUUCCCUUUCUGCCUGGUUACAGGCACAUCUCUUUUGAAGAACGGCGCCUCGAAGACAUGGAGUCACCACCUCCGCCCAUGGCCACUGGGAAGUUUGGAAUGUUUACCGCAAGUGCUCUCAGAUGUCUUAAAACAGCUUUCAAUGGCCGAAAAGAAUUCACAAGCCGUGAUGUCGACCUUGUCGAGCCAUUGCUCCCUCUCGCCACAAUUCGCGUCCCUUGGAAGGAUCAUAAUCCCGCAGUUUUUGGCAUCCACAAAAACAUUCUUGAACACUGCAGCCUCUUCUUCAAAGUCCUGUUUGCUCGAGAUGUCGAAUCUCCUGGGUCUCCCAUCGUACAGUGCGAGCACGCAAUGACUCGAGUGACCGAAUUGGAAGCAUCCGUUGUUGCAUUCAGGAUCUACGCAGAACUACGGAUUCAGAAUGCAAUCGUCGACUUCCUUGUGGAGACGAUCAUCAUACAACGCAAGAUUGAUCUUACUCUGCCCACGCUCAUCUUCGACAAGACUUCUGUGACCUCACCUCUGAGGAGACUCCUGGUUGAUCUCUAUGUCCUGUAUGGGCACAAAGAUUGGAUGAAGCUGGACGGGUCCAGUGAGAGCAUCUCUGCCACCUUUCUUUCGGAUCUGUCAACCGCGUUCCUCGCACGCAAUAGCCAUGACAGCUCGCCUACUACCAAUGAAUCAAUUCCCAACGGCUGUCGAUACCACGAGCAUCCGGAAGGGACGCUUUGUCCGUUGACCAAAAGCCACCCUCGAGAAGUUGUUGAGCAAAAGCGAUGA